AUGGAAUUCAAGUAUAUACUAACUGUGCAUUCUGUGAUAUUAAUUUUAAGCUGCCGUGUAUUCUCAGCUGCAGGCAAGGAUGAUGGGGAAGUUGCAGUUGGACUGCACACGCAAACUAAAGCGAAAUGUGAUGACGGUACUCUCAUCGACGAUAGACAAUGGUGUAAUGGUUCUAAGAAUUGUCCAGAUGGAUCGGAUGAGUUGGAGAAAAAUUGUAUUGACAAAUUAUGCACCGAUUUUAAAUGCUCUUAUGGUGGUUGUAUACCCGAAGAAAAGCAGUGUGAUCAGAAAAUCGACUGUUGGGAUGGCAAAGAUGAAUUUUUCAGAAUCUGUACCGAUGUGAAACCAUGCUCAAAUGACAAAUUUCAAUGUGGCUAUGGUGGAUGCAUUGAUUUAGAUGGGAAAUGUAAUGGCAAAUUUGACUGUCCCGAUCACACCGAUGAGUAUCCGCCAUUGUGUGAAUGAUUUAUGUGGCACAAGAGCG